AAUCGAACAUGCUACAUGUACUUCAAAAUACUUACUUUUCAGAGAGUCAAGUACUUCUCUAAACUGUUUCUAUACAUCAAUUUCCAGGUAUCAAAUCAACAAUAUGCACUGAUAGAAGCUGACCAGGACGGCUUCACAAACGUGGUACCGAUGUGUAGGAGUGGGACUUUAACUGCUGGCCGUGUGGUGGUUGAUACGUACGACACAGGAGGGUUAGGACACAUCAGUUGUCAGUGUACAGUUAGACUGACUGUGGCUCAUACGAUUCCCGUCCGCUUCGACAUCAAUGCUUAUCCUGAUACAGUGCCGGCGUCUGAUUGUAAAAGUAAACUAAGAUUUACCAGGCUUCCUGUAAAUACAUUUACAGAAUAUCAAUGUCAGCAAAUUAGUGGGGACAUCAUCACAAACUUUACAAUCAACGAGGUUUACAAUAUUGCGUUAACCAGAUCAGAUGACAACAUCCCGUGGCAAUCCGGGUACUGUAUCUUCAUUAAAUCAGAUGUUACUUUAAAUGUAACUUGUGAUGCACCGCGCGGAUCAGACAGCUCUCCGUCGACUUCUGUGACGACGACAAAGACGGCGACAACAGCAACAACGACGACACCGACGACGACGUCGAUCACUACCGGCUCCAGUUCCAUACAGACCAUUACCAAUCGUACAUUGGGUAAAGGUAAUGGUGAUGUUAACAACGGAGAAUUAAAGGAGUCGUCAAUAGGAGUGGAGAUUAUUGCUGGAGCAGCCGGCGGUGGUGCAGUUUUACUCAUCGUCCUUAUCAUCGUCAUUGUAGUAAUAAUUAGGAAAAAACGUUCAGAUGCGAAGAACCCCGAGGAAAAUUUCUCUGUGGACAUCCAACCCUAUGCUGUCGCAACACCAAAAUUUUAUCAUGACGAAGGUUCAGACACACUAACUCAAAAUUCUCUCUACAUAUCGGCGGGACCACGCGUUCCGGAUAAUAACCAUAUUGUCACAGAGACUGGCGAUAUGUAUGCGCAGGUCCAGAAGCCAGCAACAAAUGAAAAUUCUGAGACAGAACAUUCAAACAGUUCAACACGAGGACAUGCAGUGACAGCUCCCUCUGGCGACGUAUAUGCCGUUGUAAAUAAGCCAGGGAAACAGUCAGACGACAGGAACGAUGAAUCACAAACGGAUGAGGAUAGACGGCCCUCUCGAUAUAAAAACCAGGAAGGUUUAGUGUACGCGGAGAUAGAUGAUACAUCUCGUCCCAAGUCUCGUCCUCCAGUCAGGCCUAAACCAAAACCUGACGCUGACAGAGUAAUAUAUUCGGAAGUUAACACUGACGGAGGAGUAUAACUCCACUAAUAUUGUACUACAGAGUAGUGUUCUGUUAUUUAGGAAUCCCGGUCCGAAAUAACAUAAAUAUAGUCUAAAACAAAUGACGUAAUUUAUUUGAUAUUGUUUUUCUGAAUUUUCUUAAUAAUUGUAGUUUUUGUUUUUAUGAUUCGUUAUAGGCGCCAAAAUUCAGCUAAUUCCUGAUUUAAGUGUUUUCUCCUGUGAAACAGGCUAGAGCUAUGACAUACAAAAGUCAUUAAAAGUGGUCGACGAUUAGCUUUAAAGGGGCUGUACAAAGGAACAUGUCUAACUUAUUCUGUUGUCAGUAUAACUUGGGAUAUGUCAUGUCAAUGUACCUCCAUCAUGAUAUUGUCGCUAUAAAGCGGUCCCAAUCAAUUGGAUACCUUCCUUAAAUGUCACUUGAUUUGUUGCUAGGAUGUUAUGCAAGAACAACCCGCAAACCUGUUGUGUAUAUGUGUAUACGUUUGUUUGUCGGUUAUUAUAAUCUUAUAUUGCGAUGAUCAUCAGAAGCCUUUUUCAGGUUUGUUAAUAUGGUUUUGUAAAUGUUAAUUCAUAUUUAGCUACAGACGUGUUAAAUGACAUUUGAAACAUAUCAAAUACUGUCUUAGUAGCUUAAAUAUGGUGGUGCUACAGUUGUGUUGAAUUGUUAAUCUUGUAUUGAUAGCUAUAUUAAUUUUUAUGUAAUUAUAUCUUUAAUUAUAAACACGAUAAGUAUUUCAUUAUGUUUAACAUCAAUUGUUUUCUUACUUCCAAUUCACGUCUAAUCCACCUACUCCACUUACCAUUAAAUAGACUGUGCACUAAGUAUUAGCAGUAAAUGCUAUCAAAGUUAUGUUGCUUUCGUUAAAAACGAAAGCGAAAGCUUCUUUCGUAAAUAAUUAAAUAUAUUAUCCAUUAUCUUAAAAUAUACAAUGUGUAUGAUAUGUCAUUCUAAGUGUAGGUCUGAUUGUGUGUUACAGCUGCAGUGACAUUCUGUCAUGAAAUCCUGCUUAUUUCCCCUUUGUAGUCUUUGACAUCAGAAAUGCUGUCUUGUUUCUGUUCUAUUUGAUUCCAUGUUGUGAUUAUGUAAUUAUAAAAAGUCGAGCGUGGAUAAAUAAUGUAUUGUGAAAUAUAUUACAACAGGCAAAUAUUGUAGAUAAAAUAAGCUGACAUUCUCAAUGGUUAGCACUUUUCUUAUAUCAAAUAUAACAUUUGCACACCUACUGAAGUUGACAAACCCUGAGUGCCUUUGCCUGAUCAGUGUAAUUGUUUUACUUUUUUGUCGUUAAUUACCAAACACGUAUACUGCAGGAGUUAUAUAGAAUAUAUGCCUAUCUUAAAAAAAAAAAAAUAAAAAAACAACGGUCUAUAUUUUGUUCGGAUAUAAACAAGUAUCUGCAUAUAGCAUUAUUACUUAUUUCAUCUUGCCAAACUAUAUAGCUUUAUUAUUUGACUUAAUAUAUAAUAAUGCUAUGUUUUACCGUUUCAAUAAAUUAGUCAUGAUUUUG